AAAAAGAGGAAGAGCUCUGACAGUGUGCAAGUUGUUUUUUCUCCUGUCGUGGUUAAAUGUACUGCAUGGAGGACACACAGGUGGCCAGGACCAUAGAGCUGAAUGAUGGCACACGAAUGCCAGUUUUGGGUCUGGGGACAUGGAAGUCCUCCCUCCUUCCCCGCACCUCAAUCCAGGGUGCAGUAGAGGCUGCCAUUGCAGCCGGCUACCGCCACAUAGACACCGCCUACAGCUACUGCAACGAGGUGGACAUUGGGAAAGCUCUGCGCUCAAAGAUGCAGCAGGGCAUCAUCAGACGAGAGGACAUGUUCAUUGUCAGUAAGCUGUGGGGUACCUUUCAUGCCCCAAAAGACAUCCCCGUGUGCCUGAACAAGUCCUUGAAUGACCUCCAGCUGGACUACCUGGAUCUUUACCUUGUGCAUUUCCCUGUUGGCCUAAAGAAAAUGGGUGAUGAGCUUUUCCCAGAGAAGGAUGGGGAGACACUGACCUCUGACAUAGACUAUGUAGAUGUAUGGAGGGGGAUGGAAGCCCUGCAAGCCUCAGGGAAGGUGAAGAGCAUUGGUGUGUCCAACUUCAACAUCCUGCAGCUGGAGAGACUUCUUGCUCUGUGCACGGUCCCCCCUGCUGUCAAUCAGGUGGAGCUACAUCCCUACCUGGUACAGACAGAGCUAAUAGAGUUCUGUAAAUCCAAGAACAUCGCCCUGACCGCCUUCAGCCCCUUUGGCUCACCUGAAAGACCCCCACAGCUGCUCAUUGGAGACACUGAUCCACAUAAGCUCCUGGAGGACCCAGUCAUAGCAGAAAUAGCCGGGAAGCACAGACGUAGCCCUGCACAGGUAUUGCUGAGGUACCAUGUGCAGCAGGGUAUUGUCGUCAUCCCCAAGAGUGACAAGCCUCAUCACAUCCUUGAAAACACAAAGAUCUUUGACUUUAGUCUGACUGAAGAGGACAUGAGAGCACUGAGAGGAUUGGACCGGGGGUGGAGGGGCUGCCUAAUCGAAGACCUCAAGUCUCAUCCCUACUACCCCUUUGUAUGAUGCUGCCUGGAGAGCGGAGACUAAAGACAGCAUGUAAUGUAAAUAAUCGAUGACUUGUUUACCAAAUAAUGAUAAACUGUGAAAGUGAAGACAAAUCUGAAGAUGGUUCAGUUUCCCAAUGUCAAUGUGAUGAAUGUGGCCAAAUAAUACCAGAGCAUCGAUAAGCUCUUUUAUAUUUCACCGUAAUUUCUACAUUUUCUAAUGUUCUCUUGUGAUGGAAUAAAACUUAAAUACAAUAAUAAA